CUUACUCACCACAUAUAUUUCCCCUUCACUCAUUCCAUCACACACACACAACAAUCUCUCUUCUCACUUUCCAUUAUUUCCUCCAAUGGACAUGGAAGAAACUGUCCCUUUAGAGAGCGAAACACAACCAACUACGUCCUUCUCUUUCCCCAUUAUACCCUCCACGUCCUCCUCUACCUCCUCCUCCAAGAAGAAGAAGAAGGUGGUUUUGAAGAGGAGCAAUGAUGGGAGGCACCCAACUUAUAGAGGAGUACGAAUGCGCCAAUGGGGAAAGUGGGUAUCCGAAAUUCGGGAGCCUAGGAAGAAAUCUAGGAUUUGGCUUGGAACUUUUCCCACGGCCGAGAUGGCGGCUCGAGCUCAUGAUGUGGCGGCUCUAACAAUCAAGGGCAGCUCAACAUACCUCAAUUUUCCUGAGCUAAUAGCCGAAUUGCCUCGUCCGGCUAGCAAUUGCCCUAAAGACAUUCAAGCAGCCGCAGCCAAAGCGGCCGUCAUGAAUUAUCACCAUGAAAGCCAUGACAUAGAAUUAGAAGCCGAGUCCGAACUAAGCCAAGUCGAGUCUUCUUCAAGUCAAACUCAAAUAUCAUCAAGUUCUACUUCAUCAUUAUCGAAGGGUGAGCAUGACAUGUUCAUGAAUCUCCCUGAUCUAUCAUCAGACUUGAAUCAUAGUUCUGAUGAGUUUCAUUACCUCUCGGCUUGGGUCAUAGCUGGAGCCGAAGCCGAACAUCUAGACUCAGAUUUCCGGCUUGAAGAACCGUUCUUAUGGUAGCCUUAUUAAGUUACCUAGUAUGGACAACCUAUGUUUCCCUUUACAUUUUGUUGAUUGUGCUGCUUCUUUUUCCUCUUUUCCUUUCGUUCCUUUCACUUUUUUGGUGGUACUCUAUCCACUACCUAGAACCUUGAAGCCCCCUAGCUAUAGUAUCUACUUUAAUUUGGUCCAUGGCAUGUCAUGCGUCAUCGGCCAAUUGCCAAUUGCAAAGUUUAUUUCCACCCACAAAAUGGUCAAAAUUUGUUACUAUAGAUUGAUUGAUGUGCCUCUUCACUUGGCUGUUUCCUUAAUUCCACAACGUAUAGUGGGGUUUUCAUGCAAGGAUUUUGUAAAUAUUAGUCCUAAUAAAAAUAUUGCACUCAUCAAUUGUGUUUGAUACGGUAAUCGAGUUGUCCAUCAUCGUCUUUUACAUUUAGAUCUCUUAAUCUCCAGAUCCUCAUGUCUUAAAUUAUAUCAAAAUUACUGAAAAACAAGUGUUUUUUUUUUUUUUUUUUAACA